AUGGCCGUCCUCGAAAAGUACGACUGGAUCAUCGCGAUCAUCUCCAUCGCCUUCUGUGCCAGCUCCUUUGGUAACGGCGCCAACGAUGUCGCCAACUCCUAUGCCACCUCCGUGGCCGCCCGCACCCUGACCAUGCCCCAGGUCGGCCUGCUCUCCAUGGUCACGGAAUUCGUCGGCGCCGUCGCCCUGGGUUCGCGCGUCACCAAGACCAUCAAGAACGGAAUCAUCGACAUCAAGCGGUUCGAGGCGACGCCCGCCACCCUCGUCCUGGGCAUGGGCUGUGCGGAGGUCGGCAGUGCCUUUUGGCUGAUCCUCGCAACCGGCCUUGGAUUCCCCGUCUCAACAACGCAGACCGUCGUCGGUGCGUUGAUCGGCGUCGGGUUCGCGUCACAGGCCAACAUCAAAUGGGCGUGGACCAGCGGCUCCGUCUCCCAGGUCGCUGCGUCUUGGGGCAUCGCUCCCGCCAUCGCCGCCGGUUUCUCCGCCCUCAUCUUUGCAACCAUCAAGUACUCGGUGCAUAACCGCACCGACAGCCUGAAAUGGGGCAUGCGCUUGAUCCCCUUCUACCUUGCCCUCACCGCCGCCCUCCUUGCGCUCUUCAUCAUUGUCGAAAUCCCCAACGGCCAGUCCUUUGAGGAGUUCGGUGUGGGCAAGAUGUGUGGAAUCAUCUUCGGCGUCUUCUUCGGCUGCCUGGCCAUCGCCUACACCUUCUUCUUGCCGUACUUCCACCGCCGUUUGAUCAAACAGGACGCCCGUGUCCGCGCCCGCCAUAUUCCCCUCGGUCCCUUGCUGUGGAAGGAUGACCCAUGGCUCUACUGGCCAGCGCCCGCGGACGGAGACGUGGUCAUCGACUAUUAUGAAAGCCCCCAUCAAGCCCAGGCAGACACCCCCGACGACCUCAAAAAGGACGGCAGUGAGUCCGCCGACGCCGCCAACGCCGAAAAGGGUCCCACCCCUCCUGCCUCCAGCGCACUCGCCGCCAAACAGCACCUGGAACCGGAGGAGCGCUUCCUGGCCCCUUACCGACAUCUUCCGCUCUAUCAUCCCCUCCGACUCUGGUCCAUUGUCAAGUUCCUCCUCUUGCAGGGUGUCACCCGCGAUUGUGUCACGCACCAUUCCGAAAGCCUCGCCGCGACGCACGCCCGCGCCGCCGUUUACGACAACAGAGUCGAGCAUCUGUGGACGUAUGCCCAAGUUGCCAGUGCCAUGGUCAUGUCCAUCGCUCACGGCUCCAACGAUGUGGCUAACGCGGUAGGCCCCUGGGUUGCCGCGUACGAGACCUACCGCGUCGGCGCCGUCACCACCAAGACCGACACGCCCAUCUGGAUCCUCGUCAUUGCCGGUUUCCUCCUCGGUGCCGGUUUCUGGUUCUUCGGCUACCACAUCAUCCGUGCCCUUGGUAACCGCAUCACGCAGAUGUCGCCCACUCGUGGCUUCUCCAUGGAAUUGGGAGCUGCCAUCACCGUCCUCCUCGCGUCACGCCUGGGUCUGCCUGUAAGCACCACUCAGUGCUUGACCGGUGCGACUGUCGGAACGGCCCUCAUGAAUUACGACCUCGGUGCGGUCAACUGGCGCCAGCUGCUCUGGAUCUUCAGCGGCUGGGUUAUGACUCUCCCAUGUGCUGGCUUGGUGUCUGGCUUAUUGAUGUUGAUGGCAUUGAACACGCCUCAUUUUUAG